UGUUCAUGCCGACAACACGUGGUUACGUACAGUGCCGGCGUCUCCUAUGGGUCACACGUUUUCUGAUAUUGAAGAGAGAUAUAUCUUUAACCUUUUGAAACGCUUUUAGAUACUUAACCAGAGAGAAUGAGAGAGAGAUUUACAUUAAUCAAUAAUUGACCAUAUAGAUUUUACUCCACCUGAUAAAGUGACAAUUUCCCAACCUCGUAAAUAAAACGGUGAGGUGAAUCAGUAAUCACACUUAGGAUGAUAGUCUUUCAAGUGUUUAUAAUACAAAGUAAAUACGCAAUUUUGCCAAACUGUAGACACUCGCAAUAGAUGGCAAAAUUUUCCAUAGAAAGAAGGCCGGUGGCCUCAUUGUCUAUAAAUAGACAGGGGCAUCCCCGCUCAGGGUACAGUAGAGCGCAACACGUUUGAGAGCGAAGACAGAGAGAGAGAGAGAAAAAAUUGUUGGAGAACAAAUAAUAUCUUUGAGAUUGAAUUGGAAAACUUUACUUUACGAUCGCCACGAUCUAUCUGUGAGGCGAGAUGACAUACGACAGCGCUCUGCGACAGGUGGGAGAGUUUGGGACGUAUCAGAAACGACUGUAUGUGCUCCUAUGUCUGCCCUUCAUCACCUGCGCCAUGCAGGUCAUGGUCACCGUCUUCAUCCUCGGAGUACCCGAUCACAGGUGUGCUGUCUCCGAGAAUGAUACCUUUGCUAUUCAGAGUCCUCAACACCAACUCAUGGUCAACAGAAGUGUGCCGCCGGGCGAAUUUCCUCUGUUGUCGCCGUACUCUAAAUGCAAUCUUUAUAGUUACCAUAGCAACAACGAUUCAAAUCCCGAGGACUCCAGAUUUAUCCGAAAGUGUUCGAAAUGGGUUUACGAAAAGACAGACUUUCAUAGUACAUUUGUGACUGAGGAUGACCUGGUAUGCCACAAAAAAUCUUACGUCACACACACAGUGAUGUCAUUCAUGGCGGGAUUUAUGGUCGGAGCUCUCGUUUCCGGUGUCGUCGCUGACUCGCUAGGACGCAAGAAAGGUCUGUUGCUCAGUCUGGCUCUGCAUAUCAUCCCAAACAUCAUUGUGACCUUUGCCACUGACCUUUUGACCUUUAUGUGUUUACGGUUCCUGGCGGGGGCAUCAGUCGGCGGUCUGUUAGCGGUGUCAUUCACAAUGAUAAUGGAGCUUGUGGGUCCGUCCUACCGGAUGAUGGCCGGGAUCGCAUUGGAGCAAUUCUGGGCGGUUGGCGCAUUGAUCCUCGCGCUGCUUGCGUACCUGAUUAGAGACUGGCGUUAUCUGAACCUGGCCGUGUCACUUCCGGCCCUAUUGUUCAUACCUUAUAUAUGCAUUAUCCCAGAAUCCUCUCGGUGGCUUCUGUCCAGAGGGCGGGAAAAAGAAGCGGAAGAUAUUCUUAGGCAGGCUGGUCGAGUCAACAAGAGGAAACUACCGGAAAAGCUCUUCGAUUACGAAGACGUGUUCGAAGAUGAUGCGUGUAUUCCUGUGUUGCAGCUCUGCGUUAACCCGAAACUUCUCUUCAGAUCUGUCAUUAUAUUCUUUAACUGGAUGGUAGUCAGCAUGCUGUUUUUUGGUCUGUCGUUGAAUGUUGGGAACCUCGGUGGCGACAUCUACCUUAAUUUCCUGUUACAAAGUCUAGCGGAAGUUGUUGGAUAUGGUAUUCCACUGAUCGCGCUCAAAAGUUUAGGAAGGAAACCGGUUUACGUUGGUUCCCUCCUAAUAGGUGGCGCUGCUUGUAUCCUGACGAUAUUCCCGGUCCUUUACGGUGACGCCAGUGUGCAUUGGAGUGUGAUUGGUUUAUCCGUCAUCGGGAAGAUCGGGUCGUCGACCGCUUUUGCCACCAUUUACUUGUUCUCUGCGGAACUCUUCCCGACCGUCGUCCGAAACUCCGCCAUGGGUACCAGUUCUCUAUGCGCAAGGAUUGGUGGAAUGGUAUCUCCGUAUAUUGCUGUGAUCAACCAGGUUGUAGGCGGAGACCUAGGUGUCGCCAUGCCAUUGUUGGUGUUUGGAUUAUUUGCGUUUGUUGCUGGAUUGUUGGCGUUGACACUGCCGGAAACAAAAGGGCGCCACCUACCGGAAUCUAUAAAAGAUUCGGUACAAUACACGGAUCAAACAAAAGAUAUUUUGCGGAUUGACGUCACGGAGGCGUCACAACCUCUGACAGAAGACACCGCUUUGACGUCAGUAGCAAACGGUGUAACGAUCAGCGACAAGAAAUAAACCACAGAAUCUCGCCGUCCACUUCUCAUUGCCUUCCUUUAUAUUGCAUCAUAUUGAUGAAUGACACAUGCGCAGAAAGCUGAAGUGCACCUAUUAAAGUAUUCAUAUAUAUGUAUCCUCACUUAGGACGGUUUACCUGAACUACAAACAGGAAGCCUCUCUAUUUCUUUGCACAUAAAUUAAAAUCCCGUAUCAACACAUUUCUGUGAAAUGUAGUUAUGAAAACAACGUUUCCUAGUUGUUUCCUGGAUAUUUCAGACCGAUUUUGGUCUGAUUUUAUAAGAUAUCAAAUUCUAAAGCGCCCUUAUAUCUUUAUUGUAAAUAUUUUAGUGCAUCUCAAUUUUACAUAUCUUUGUAUUAGCCCCUAUCCUCACCCCCACCCCACGUAAACCACGUCCAUCGACCUGUGUGUAAUCUUCUAUCCAUUCGAUUCUGACGACUUUGGGCUAUAUGUUCUGAAAGUUUGUUAGAGUUUCCCCCCUUCCAUCGAGUUCAGCAAUCUAUGUAUAUAUACAAUGUAUAUUCGCAGUUGCAGAUAUUAUUAAAUACAUUCAAAAUGCGAAAAUAUUUUGUAUAGAGCUUCAAUAGUAUUUCAUUAGAUAAGCAGUAAUUGCAUUUGUAUCUCGCUGGCUAAUUCAUGUACAUGUAUAACAUUGAUAUAUAUCUAUAUGUGUGCAUAUACAUUUUUCGUAGCAUUUAGUUAAUCAAUUUAUUUCUUAAUACCAGCUGUAGUUAAAGAAACUGUUAUAUACUGGCACGUAGAAUUAAGGGGGGGGGGGUGUUGAUGUUGUGGUAUUGUUUUUAGUUAUUGUCAUAUGCAAAGUGGGAGAUGCGGGUGACACCCACUCCGCUUGUGUAUUGAAUGGUAAGAAUGUAAGGUUGAACUGAUGAAUCAAACAUUGCGAUAUAAGAUGCCCCCUCCCACAAUUUUAGAUCCGCGAUUUAAAAUUUAAAAUAAAGAAGAAAAAAGAACAUAGAAAACAUGUUGUUUGGUUUCGGAUAUUUUUGACAGAACAGAUUUUUGCUUGUCCUGAAUUUUAGACAAAUGUGAAGUUAACUACCCUCCCCUCUCCCAUCUGCGUGCCUGAUCUACACUAUAGGUAAAUAUUACAGGUGAAUUAUUUAGGGAUUAUUGUGAAAUAAAAUUUCAAAUACUGCUUUCAGAAUGAUGUGUCGUCGAACUAUGGUGAUUAAUUAAACAAUAUUUUUGAAAUUAUCAUGAAAACAAUAAAAUGAUUAUAACAGCCU